UUGCUCUCUUCACAAAAUCAUUAUUCUUUAAGUUGGUUGUGAUUUGAUAUUAAGAAAGUAUGGCGGAGGAGUACAACAAGAGCCAAGAACACGAGUACGAGAGGAAGACUGGGGAUUACGAGGAGGGAUCUGGUGCAGGCGAGACCAAGGAUCGCGGGUUGUUUGAUUUCUUGGGGAAGAAAGCGGAGGCGAAGCCAACUUCUUAUCAGCAUGAGGAGAAGCCAGCUUCUUAUCAGGAGGAGGAGGUGAUCGUCACUGAGUUUGAUGAGAAAGCCAAGAUCUCCGAUCAUCAUAAGGCACCGGCUCCUGAUCAGUACACAUCAUCAUACAGCAAAGUAGAAGAGGAGGAGGACAAGGAAAAGAAGCACGAGAAUCUCUUGCAGAAGCUUCACCGAUCUAACAGCAGUUCUAGCUCUUCAAGCGAUGAGGAGGAAGAUGAAGAGAAGAAGAAGAAGAGGAAAGAAAAGAAGGGAUUGAAGGAUAAGAUCGAGGAGAAGAUCUCCGGUGAUGAUCACAAGGAAGAAGGCUAUCGCAAAGAGGACACGAAUGUCCCAGUGGAGAAAGUGUACGAGGAGGAACAUCAUCAUCAAGCUCCAGCUCCGGUUGUCCAUCACCACGAAGAGCCCACUGAUUACCCAACUGAGGAAAAGAAGGGUUUCCUCGAGAAGAUCAAGGAAAAGCUUCCUGGACACAAGAAGACUGAGGAGUUUCCAGUUGCUGCUGCUUCGUACGAACAGCAGAGUCACGACCAUCAUGCCGCGGAGCCACCGGUAGUAGCCUCUUAUGAAGCUGGCGAAGAGCCCAAGGAAAAGAAGGGUAUUAUGGAGAAGAUCAAGGAAAAGCUUCCUGGGUACCAUUCCAAGACCGAGGAAGAUCACAAGGACAUCAAGGAGAAAGAGAAGGAUACUCCUUCCUACUAAUCAAGGGAUUAAGAAAAAAACAACAUAUAUAAUCUUGUCUUGUGUUCGGAAAGAAUGGUUAUGGUGGUUUCAUUUGUGGUUUGUUAAUUUCCUCCUCCCUGUGAUGGGUGGUUUAUUUGCCAUCUUCUAUUGAGAGUAUAUUGGCUUAUAUGCAAGUUUGUUUAGGGUUUCCGUUGUAGGGUUCUCUUUGGUUUGGGAGGACCUUGAAUUUCUUUUGUAUGUUAUUUAAACAUUUUGUUGAUUAAUAAGAUAUUUGUUCUUCCUUUGUA